GAGACCAACUCGGGCGUGAAGCAACCGCAGAAGAAGAAAAGGGGGAAGUAAAGUACUUCAUGUCGAGGCGGAGUUUGAAGGAACUGUGUACUAAUACACACAGAUAUACCUCGUCCUUAACCUGUGUGUGGAUUCAGUCCGACUCGACACCUGCUCGUCUUCCUCGUCUUUGCAGUUUUAAAGCCCGCAGGUUAAUCACGCCAUGUCAAUGAAGGUGUUGGUGACUGGAGGAUCUGGCCUGGUGGGCAAGGCCAUACAGCAGGUGGUCAAGGAGGAGCGAGGAGACAAGGAGGGGGAAGAAUGGAUAUUCCUCACCUCUAAAGAUGCCAACCUCAUGAGCAAAGAGGAGACACGGGCGGUGUUCGAGAAGCAUCGGCCAACCCAUGUCAUCCACCUGGCUGCUUUGGUUGGAGGUCUUUUCAGGAACAUGAAUUCCAACCUUGACUUUUGGAGGGACAACGUCUACAUCAAUGAUAACGUGCUGCAGGCAGCACAUGAAAUGGGUGUUGUGAAGGUGGUGUCGUGCCUAUCCACCUGCAUCUUUCCAGAUAAAACCACCUAUCCUAUUGAUGAGACCAUGAUCCACAACGGUCCACCUCAUGACUCAAACUUUGGCUACUCCUAUGCAAAGAGAAUGCUUGACAUCCAUAACAGGGCGUAUUUCAAGGAGCACGGACACAAGUACACGGCUGUGAUCCCCACAAAUGUGUUUGGUCCUCACGACAACUUCAACAUUGAUGAUGGUCACGUGCUGCCGGGUCUCAUCCACAAAGCUUACAUUGCUAAAAAGGAGGGUCAGCCCUUGGUGGUCUGGGGCUCUGGUAAACCCAGAAGGCAGUUCAUCUACUCUUUGGACUUGGCUCGUCUCUUCCUGUGGGUCUUGUGCGAGUACCCAGAGGUCGACCCAAUCAUCCUCUCUGUUGGAGAGGAAGACGAAGUGUCCAUCAAGGAAGCAGCAGAUUUAGUUGCCGAGGCGAUAGGCUUUGAAGGAGAAGUUCAAUUUGACACCAGUAAAUCAGACGGCCAAUUCAAAAAGACCGCCAGCAACGCAAAGCUGCAGCGAUACCUGCCCAACUUCAAAUUCACUCCCUUCAAACAAGCCAUGAAGGAAACCUGUGAUUGGUUCACUGCCAAUUACGACACCGCCCGCAAGUGAGAAGUGUCGUCUGUCCUCCACUGAGGAGGGAAGAAGAAGAGAGGAGGAGGAGGAGAGGCUGGAAGACAAACAAGGUGGUGGAUGUUCAAUCGGUUAAAUUUUGUGACACUCCAAGAAGUGGAAAUACGUUGACACCAACGAGAUCCUGAACAAGUUACUUUAGCAUCUUUGAUUGUUGAAUGUUAAAUCAUAAAGGGGUGUGGUACAAUGGUUUUAGAAUCUGUUUUUUAUUUUAGGCUUUUUAAAUGCAACCACCUUUUAGAUGGAUCCUUCACAUGUCUGUAAAUGAGGUCUCUGGAUUGAGUGACUCGGCUUAAGUUCAUGUCUGUACAAUACUAGUUUACAUUGCAGACAUGUUUCAGUAUAGGUUGAGUAAAAUAUUUGAUCCUACCAGUGUGUAGUAUUUCCUGACACAAUUUUUAAUUUCAUUUAUGUAGUGUGAAGUAUUUAAUUGGGAAAAUGAUUGAUUUGUAUAUUUAAAUAUAUUGGUUGCAGUGAUUUUUAUUUUAUAAUGGUGGGACUGAGCAAAAUAAAUUUUAUAUCCAUGA